AUGCCAGUUGUGGUUGAUUCAGACGAUGAUGGAACAGUUGCCCAGGAACUGGAACUAGAGCAAAUGAGGAGUACAUUGGAAGAGGCGAUUGUGAAAAUGUGCAGUACGCCUCUCGAAAAUCGACUGCGACUUCCACGCUUAGCCCUAAGCAAGCGGAAUCGGGCUGUCGUGAGGGCUCUGAACCCAAUGCUGGUUACCUAUUUGGAAGCCAGCCGGGACCUUUGCGAGACGGACUCAAUUAUUUUUGGCGCCGCACUGGCAGUCUGCCGUAUUAUAAACGCCAAACUUACCAUGGCUGGACGCGCUACUGGACAAAGUAGUGCUAUCCCAGCCUGGAGAAUAAGAAUUGAAGAACGUAUCGCAAAGGCUAGGGCCCUCAUCGGCAGAUUGAUAUGCUUCAGGUCAGGCAAUACCAGGCCAAGGAUUGUGCGCAUCGUCAGGAUGGCGUUUGCUGGGACAAAUGUUAGUUUGUCCCAGCCGGAUAUAAUGCAAAAACUGACGGCUCUAUAA